CGCAAACAUUUCCAAUUCCCUAUAACCAUUACUUAACUCGUUGCGCCGGUUGUUGCCAAUCCGAAGUAUCGAACCAAAAAUCAAUAAAACAUUUGAAAUGGAUUACAAAGCAGAGUUGACAUCUACCGGAGGUUACAUCUCAAUCGGCUAUGCCGAAAAUGUAGAAAACACCGCCGAAGUAAGAUCGGCGGUGUUAAAUGGACGAUUGAACAGCACUGUGUUACGAGGAUGCCUAAUACCAGAUCCUUUACUAAUUACAGUUGCUGGGAAUAAGGUUGCUCUAGCCGAACAGAGGAACAAUCUCAGGACAAGAAGUAUUCACACUGAGCUUCUCUACAGUCUUUCAUCGACCAACAAUAUAUCCCAAAGCUUAAAGAAUUUCGGCGCAGCUGAAACAGAUACUUGCUUGAUUAUUUGCAGUUUUAAUACUGACCUAUCACAAGCAAGGGAAAUAGUUAAAGGAACUUGGAAACCUUUGUCUGCUCUGAGGGAGAAGGUUGAUAUGGAAACACUUAUUAAAAUCCAUAAGCUUAAACCAGAAGAAACUGGAGACAACUUGAUCAGUUCUUUAAUAAGUAGAGUAGCUGCAAAAGACACAUUGUAGCACCCAUUUUUUUCUAAUGCACAUUUUCACCAUGAAGAAUAAAGAUCGUUUAAGAGAUCCAACUGAUAUGGAUCUAUUUUUUUUAUAUUUUCAG